AUGCCUUCUCUUGACGGCCCCUCGAGCGUCAACGAUGCCAUGACACAAGAAGACAGAGAGCAACACCGGCCUGAAGAGGACCCUCAGGGUCUCUUCCACCAAGUAUACGAAUGGUUACACCAUGAAAAAACCAGACGGCAGAAUCGUAAAGCACGGAAAUCCGAAGCCGUCUCCAAUGCGACAAACGAUGCGCCCACCGAGGACGGUCCCCUAGAAAGACCCAACUCCAACCCCUCCGAAAGCACCUUCUCCUUGGAUAUAUUGGAGAAGAUCCUCCUCCAACAUGCGACCAACCGACCGAGCAGUGCCAUCGGUUCAAGUGUGUCGGCCAAACGCCUGAGCCGACGUCGUCAUAAGGGCUUGCAAAAAGGCUCAGCCUCUGAGUCGGAAGCUACAGAUAUCGAUGCACCCGUGCCAGGCGUGGAAGCCUACUUGGACAACUCCAAGACACUGGCCUACACUGGCGGCGCUGCAGUAGAAGAGGACACCGACGCCAAUGCCAACCUCAAAGCCGACAAGGAUCGGGAGGGCUGGAUGAUCUUUAAGACUGAGAUUGUGCGUAUUGUACACACGCUGCAACUUAAAGGCUGGCGCAAGGUCCCAGCGGAACUAGCUGGCGAUAUUGAGGUGGUUCGACUUAGCGGCGCUCUCACCAACGCCGUGUAUGUAGUUGCACCACCUAAGAACUUGCCUCCUCCCAAAACAGAUAGCAAGUCUACUUUGGUGUCUAGGAAACCCCCGCCGAAGCUUCUGCUCCGAAUCUACGGCCCCCAGGUCGAUCAUCUCAUUGAUCGAGAGAAGGAGCUACAGAUCCUCCGCCGCCUAGGCCGGAAGAACAUUGGUCCUCGCGUCCUGGGCACAUUCCUCAACGGCCGAUUCGAAGAGUACUUCGAGGCUCGUCCUCUUACCCCUAAAGAACUGCGCAUGCCCGAAACGGCGAAGCAGAUUGCUAAGCGGAUGAGAGAACUGCACGAUGGAAUUGACCUUCUCGAAGAAGAACGCGAAGAUGGACCCAUGAUCUUCAAGAACUGGGAUAAGUGGGUGGAUCGUUGCGAGCAGGUAACCACCUGGCUCGACAAGGAAAUCCAGUCCCCGCAAAACGAAGCCAAAGCCGCACUUGAACCGUGGCGUCGUCGCGGUUAUGUCUGCGGUGUGCCGUGGGAAAUGUUCCGCAAAGCCGUGGACAGCUACCGACUCUGGUUGGUCGCCGGAUCUGGGGGAAUUGCUGAGAUCAAGCGUCAGUUGGUGUUUGCGCACAAUGAUACUCAAUACGGCAAUCUUCUUCGCAUGGAACCGGCCACACAGUCACCGUUGCUCUUGCCUGCCAAUGAGCACAAGCAGCUCGUUGUCAUUGACUUUGAAUACUCAUCUGCCAAUACUCCUGGCCUUGAGUUCGCUAAUCACUUCACUGAAUGGUGCUACAACUACCAUGACGAAGAGCGCUCAUGGGCCUGCAACACUCGCGCCUACCCAACGCCAGACCAGCAAUACCAAUUUGUUUCGACAUACCUCACGCACCGACCCGCCGUUGGCGGCGGAACCAUCUCCCCUCUGGCAACGCCCAACAUGCGCGGGCGUACUGCAACGGGCAUUACUCCGCUAGACCUAGACGAAGCAGACGGGUCCAGCUCGCAGCUCGCACAGACUGAAAAGUCCAACGACGAAGAGCUGGACAGAGAAGUGCGCUUCCUCAUGCAACAGACCCGCCUGUGGCGAGUCAUGAACUCUGCGCAGUGGGUUGCCUGGGGUAUUGUCCAAGCCAAGGUACCCGGCAUGGAAGAAGGCAUCGCGGAGAUGGCAGCUGCCAAUGGGCACGGCGAAAACGACCAGCGCCGAAGUAACGGUCACAGCAACGGUGACGCAGACAGUGAGAAGACACCGCCUGUUGAUGCGGAUAUUGACGAGGAGGGCGAUUUCGAUUAUCUGGCCUACGCCCAAGACCGCAUCAUGUUCUUCUGGUCUGACCUGCUGGCGUUGGGCUUGGUCAAUGCGGAGGACCUGCCUGAGCCUAUGGUUGAGCAUCUCAAGUUGCGCUCUGUGGAGCAUUGA